AUGGCUGCUGCCGCCCUCGACAAUGCCAACCCAACCAUUCUGAGCGCCUCGCAGCUCCCAACCCGGCAGAAGCGGUCCGCCCCGCGCAAUGGGCCUGACUGUAGAUACUCGGACCUGAUCUUCGCCAAGCCCUCCUACCUGUCUCGGCCCUUCUUACAAGACGAUGAUAUCCGGUAUCAGGAUGACACAGCGGCGGCACCCAUCGACGAGCAAGAGAUCUACGAUCUCAUUUCUAACAUAACUGAUCCGGAACAUCCCGUCUCGUUGGGCCAACUGUCCGUCGUCAACCUCCCCGACAUUCACAUCACUCCCUCCCCGGCCCUUGGAGUGCCAAGUCCGAAUACCAUCGUUCAUGUCACUGUCGAACUUACCCCUACCGUCACCCACUGCUCUCUCGCUACCGUGCUCGGACUUGGCGUGAGAGUCCGGCUCGAGCAGGUGCUGCCUCCAAAUUACCGCGUGGAAGUCAUUUGCAAGGAGAACAGUCAUAGCCAGGAUGAUCAAGUGAACAAACAGCUCAGCGACAAGGAGCGUGUCGCAGCCGCUCUGGAAAAUGACUCGCUGCGGAGUGUUCUGGACAAGAUGCUGGAGUCUUGUAUAGAGAACUGA